AGGUCCUGCUUCUCCUUUAUUCCCUGAUAAAGUAAUGAAUAACCACCUGACUCUUCUGGUUCUGGCGCUGCAACCUGCGCAAGUAUUGUUACCUUGAUGUCCUGCUCUGUAAGUCGCAUCCUUUGUUGUGAUCAUGCAAAUACCAACGCUGAUAUCCGCCUUUCCAUCUUAGCUGAUGAAUGGUAAAACUAUAAGGGAUUUUUUUUCAACCAAAACAACAACCUCGCUUUCAUCUAUACUAUCAUACCGGUUUGCCCUUGUUUCAUGAUCAUCUUUUCUUCUGAUGCAUGUCUUCAGUCGGUGGUAAACAGCUGUAAACGCUAGCACGGGGGCUCCUUCCGGAGCACGACGACCACAAUGCCUUUCGUGACGGAAACGCUGAUUCCCUCGGGGGCCGUGCUGGAUGGACGGGUACCCCGGUUCCACUCGCUGCACACGCAGGACAUCGACUUCCAGGAGUUCGGUUCCCGCAUGAUCUACGCGUUGAGAAAGGGCAUGAGCGAGGAGGAGUUGAUGGAGAUGCUGAUGACGACGGACAACCUCCGCGCCGGGCCCUAUUCCUCCGAUUUCUACUCGAAACUGUACGAGAAGGAACUUCACCUCCAGGACAAGUUCGGCCGCACGCUGCUCCACUACGCCAUUCGGUACAACAUGAAGGUGCUCAGCUCCAAAAUUCUGGAACUGAACGCGCAGCACUACCUCGACCCGAUGAAGGCCGGGAAGCGCGGGAAGUUCGGCAUCGACUCGAUGGUGGCCGGCGGGUUUUUCCGGGAAGACGACCAGCUGGAGAACGAUUCCACGAAAGAAUCUGAAAAGCAACUGCUCAAGUUUCUGGAUUCGAUGGUAAAGGACUACGUAAUCGAGGAAGAAACCGCCUACAAGCCACUGGUUUUGGGCGCCGUCGAGCGGUACAAGAAAAAAUGGGCGGCGGCCAACGCGCAAGACUAUCCCUUCAUGUCGCAAAUCUUGUUGGGAGGUGAACAAGAAACCAGUAACAGAACGGCAAAUUCUAAUCGCGGAGCCUCGGCGUCGUCAAGCUCGACAUCCCCACAGCAUGCGGCGACGGUUGUUGUAGCUGCUAGGGAUCAUACUCAUCAUCAGCAACAAGGCCAAGCUCUGCAUCCACAUAGUCUCGAAUCGGAGAAAACGCUAGAGCCUGAUGAAGAAGAUGCUGCUGGUGGAGAGGGGACUAAUACUAAACAUGGCCGCAUUAUUCCCGCGGGUGCGCCUGACGUAGAUCGGCAUCAAGACGGUCGAGCAAGCGAAAUAAUCCGCACGGCUGCAGUCAGUGGCGACGAAGAAACCUUGGGCGGACCACAGACGAGGGAAGUAGAGCGUGAAGAUGGCGAAAUUGAUGAAGCAAGAAAGAAUGAAAUAGAAAUUACGGAAGCUGAUUACAAUGACCCGAAAAGGAAAAAUGCAGGAGGCAAUGUCGACGUCGCCCUACCGCAAUUACUGGAAAGUGAUCCGAUGAACACCGAGGGCACGCAUGCUGCCGUCCAAUUUGCCAACACCCCACUUAGCACUGGACGGAAGAAUGUCGAGAUAGUGGACAAAAAUGGCGGAAAUAAUAACGAGCAGAUUGGGCAGACGCAGAGUGAGAAGAACGCUGCACCAUCACCAGCAAGUGCUCUUUCUCCGUCCAAGGCCCAGCUGAUGAAGAUUGAAGUUGACGAGAUGAAGGUUUUCCCGCCCGAGUUCGAAGCGGAAGACUGGCGAAAGGAGCUGGAUGAGGAACUGCAGGAGUACAGGGACUUGCUCGUCGAGUGCGAGGGGAUGUGGCAGCGGCGGCAGGACUACAACGUCCGCAUUCGCAAAGAGCUCGCCCCGCCGCCCAUCCCCACACUGGACGAGCUGCUGCUCGAUGCCAAGUCCGACUGGCCGAAAGGGACACGCUUCAAGGCGGACGUGGUGGCGCAGGCCCUGAAGAACACGGGAGGAACGGAUGUCCUGAACCAGCAACUCACAACAGAAAACGUUGACGACGAAGAUGACGCUGGUGUUGCGGCAGCCGCCCCGAGCAGUCCGAGCGCGAAAAUGCUGAAGUUGUUGAACGUUACUAACACGAACAGCAACAGCCCGACGAUGCGCAAAGAGCUAGACGAUUUGCAGCGUGAGAUUCUGUUGCAGGAGCAGGAGAACGCGAAAAGUGUCUACGCGAGCUUGACGGUGCGCAAAAAGCAAAAAAUCUACGUGAACUUGCUCGAGGUCGAGGACUUCUACCGACAGACCCCCAUCAUCGAGGCGUCGAAGUUGGGCCGGAAGGCGAUUUUUGACAUGCUGGUGUCCGCGGGGGCGCACAUAUGAAUUGCAAAACCAUCGUACUAGUAUAAAUUUCAUUACAAAUUUUCUCAGCAUGAAAAAUUGAAUUUGUCAUGCUGUUUUACCUUGGAAAGGAAAUUUGUCAUGCAUAACUGCAAUUCGUACGAGUGCGAUACUUUUGCACAGGAUAGCGCAUCAACUACGACGACGGAGACGAGGACGUGGCCGACCAGCUGUUCGAGCUGAGCGCGCUCUAUUCUGAGUAAAAAUGUGCCCACGACAGAGUUGUCAUGCACAUGUGCAAUGACAGGAACAUUUGCAAUGCGCAGUUCCAUGAGAGGAAUUUCCAAUCGUGUUUUGGAAUUUGUAAUGCUGUAAAAACGAUGGGAAAAUGGCUUUCUCAUGCGGCUUUCCUUGCCAGCCAGCCCUACACUGCACAGGGAGACUUGUCAUGCACAGCUUCCAAAACUUGGAGAUUUGUGUUGCCAGAUUCCCAACUUGACUAUGGGGUGGGGACGUUUUUGCUGAGGAUACUCUCCGGAACGUGUUUUACAACAACAGUCUGGGUACCAGCGAGUUCGGGCGCCGCAUCGGGGACAUGCAGCUGAGCGUCGACGACUGGCAGCAGGACCAAAAGUACUCCCAGAUUUUCCACAAACUGGAGCGGGAGAUCGGCGUCUUGUACGGCCGGGGCGGGGAGUCCUCGAACCAGACCAUCGCCUCGCAGAACAAGCUGACCACCAUGUCCAGCGAGCAGCUGGCGGAGCUGCGCCCGGUGGAACUGGACCCGGACGACAUGAUCCUGAACGCGCCGGACAUCACGGAGUCCAUCAAAUUGCAGGCGAUCAAGGAAGAGCAGCUCCGGCGGGAGGAGGAGGAGCGCAAGCAGGAGAAGCUGCGCCGGCUGGAGGAGCGCCGGCUGCAGCGGGAGGCCAAGCAGAGACAAAUUGAGGAGGAGCUGGAGGCGGCGGCGUUGGAACAGGACAAGCUGGAGCAGGAUAUGACAAUGCACAACUCCCCCUCCCCCUCAUUUGUCAUGCAAAAUACCCAAACCCAAUCCACCCUUCCCUUUGCCUCUUCGACUGUUUGCAUGACAAGUUCUGGUAGCCCAAAUAGCACCACCCUCCACUGCAAAUCUGUCAUGCAAAACCGGCACUCUUGCUGAUGCUUGUAUUGCCGCUCGCCUACCCCCCGGGGAGGGGAUCCUUGACCUGUGGCGCUGGGUGCGGGUGUCCACUACAUGAUGAUGAUGAUUGCCGUUCAUGCUAUACAAAUGAGGGUGAGGGGGAGUUGUGCACUCUCAUACAGGAGCGGCUGGAGCUGGAACGCCAGAAAGCCGCGGAGGAGGCUAUCCCGGAAAAACACCCAUCCACGACAUCCAAUUUUUCAUGCAAAACAUACAUCAAAUCCCGUGUCUGUCAUGCAAAAAAUGGAUGGGGAUGGGUUUUUUUUCUGUGGAUAGAGGCCGCCCUGAGGGCACAAGCUGCCGGUCCGAAGGGUCCAAAGGACAAAAAGGCCAAGGCCGGCGGUGGGAAGAAGAAAAAGUAGAUUGAUGAAACGACGUAGUCGAAAAAGAGUGCUGGUAUGGCAGCAUUUGGAUGAAAUUGGAAAUACGCAGCUUCGUUGAUGCUGACUCACGAUUGAUAUGACGACGCGCAUAUACUCACUGUAUACACAUGAUCAUGAUCUUUCAAGGAAAAACGCAAAAAGCUAAACUUAAACCUUAACCUUUAAUAUCUUUACCUUGUUAAACCUUGUUAACCACCUUAUCCUUUACCUUUUAAGUUCAAGUUGAUUUGACGGAUUGGUUGAAGUUGGAGUCUGCCAAUGCCAUUGCUGGUAAUGCCCCUGUACAAAAUAGCAUCAUCGUGCCUGCCGAUUUGUGUUUCUGCUAAUCUUGUAUCAUGUAGUACCAUAUAUAAAAUAUGAAUGAACAAUUGAAGCCCUUCAGUCCCGCCGGAACCAACAGCUGACAAGCUCGGUUCUUACCACUCGUCACACUACAGACGCUGAAGCAGACCAAAUAUAUCACCUGUACACACCGGCCGAAAAAAAAACUUUGUCGCGCUAACGUCCUUGUCUUGAAUGAGGAAACGAAU